AUGGGCUCUCUCAUCUGGGACGACGAGAAUCGCUACGUCGGCAAGCAGCCGUACUGGAAGGAUGCCGUCUUCUACCAGGUGUACCCCGCAAGCUUCAAAGACGCAAACGGUGAUGGCUGGGGCGACCUUGAGGGGCUGAUCUCCAAGGUCGACUACCUCAGCGACCUCGGCGUCGACGUCGUCUGGGUGUCGCCUAUUUUUGCCAGUCCGCAGAAGGACAUGGGGUACGACGUGGUCGGAUAUCAAGCCAUUGAGUAA